AUGGCUGACGUAGUUAUGUCCGGCGCUCUCCCACCUAACGACCCUCCAAACCCGGGGGAUGGUCGGGAUGGUCGGCAGCCAGCCGACCGUGUCGACCUCCCCCAGGGGGAGGAGGAGGAGCCCGAACAGGGCCAAGGGGCCGAGGAGGCCCAGUAUGAAGAAGAAGACAACUUCUUCAAGAAGCCCUCACGGGCUGAACUUAAACGCCGUCGCCGCCAGUCCCAGCGCGACAAACGUGAAUACCAGCGCCUCAGAGACGAGUACAUUACUGAGGUUGCUAUUCAGAUUGGUCGUCAUGUUGCUCAAUACAUGUGUCAACACGGGCUCAUGCCCAGGCCCGGACUGAGGCCUUUGCCGGCCAGCAGGCCGAACUGCUUCGUGGUCGUGGGGGGGUGCGUGGUCGUGGUGGGGGGCCCCGUGGAGAUCGUGGAGGGCAUGGAGGGCGUGGAGGGCGUGGAGGGCGUGGAGGGCGUGGAGGGCGUGGAGGGCGUGGAGGGCGUGGAGGGCGUGGAGGGCGUGGAGGGCGUGGAGGGCGUGGAGGGCGUGGAGGGCGUGGAGGGCGUGGAGGGCGUGGAGGGCGUGGAGGGCGUGGAGGGCGUGGAGGGCGUGGAGGGCGUGGAGGGCGUGGAGGGCGUGGAGGGCGUGGUGGCCGUGGUGGCCGUGGGGAUGGAGGCCGUGGGCGUGGUGGAGCUCCAAGCUCCGGGGGAGGUGACGCUGCUCGGCAGCAAGAGUAGACUGUCGGUGCUUUCUCUUGACCAGUUGAAGGACCAGUUGAAAGACCAGUUGAAAGACCAGUUGAAAGACCAGUUGAAAGACCAGUUGAAAGACCAGUUGAAAGACCAGUUGAAAGACCAGUUGAAAGACCAGUUGAAAGACCAGUUGAAAGACCAGUUGAAAGACCAGUUGAAAGACCAGUUGAAGCGCCUCUUUAAAGACUAA